CCGACAAGUAUUCGCCUGCCUAAAAGCGAAUAGAUAGAAGAUGUGGCUGGUAAGGCACCGGGGACGUGGCGGGUCUCCCCUGUCACGUGGCAUUUACCCGCGCCUUGUCCAUUUUCGGAUUGACGACGAAUUCCCCGGGAUCCGUGGAAAGUACGUCUCCGGCCAUUUUCUCUGCGAUAUCUCACCGUCCUCUCAGAGACUAAUGAUCUCUGCAACUGCAAUGAUAUGACACUCAAAUAGCCCUCUUACACCGCCCGUCCCACUUAUACUUUUCGCUCAUUUCCUUUCGCGGUUGCCUUCUGACCCCCGACGAACGGACACGUCUCCAGUCGCCUCCUUAUCGAUUAGACCAACCCCGUAUAAUCGCAUUACCCAAUCUCUUAGAUCCUGGGGAUUUCGCUUCCUCUAUCCAUAAAUAAUUACCUGCACUCCACCUCAACUGUACACUACCAGCGAAAUGACCGGCCCAUCCAUUCAGGAUCGCACCAGCGAGUUUCACGCUAUCUUGGGACAAGCCCAGAAACGGGUGAACACUUCUAAAGUUGGAUCUCAGCGCCAAGCGCUUCUGACGGAUUCACAACGAAGACAAGCCAGUGGGGCUGUGAAUGGAGACGCACGACCCGGGAGGAGAUCGGAGUUUGCCAGGAAGGCUGUUGAGAUUGGACGGGGAAUCACUGCGACAACGGCUAAGCUGCAGAGGCUGGCUGAACUGGCCAAACGAAAGACUCUUUUUGAUGAUAGGCCGGUCGAGAUCUCGGAGUUGACAUAUGUCAUCAAGCAAGACCUUGCCUCCUUGAACCAGCAGAUUGCCUCGUUACAAGCGCUUACUCUCGCACAACACCCGAAAUCGAAUCGGUCGAAAGCGGAUCAGGAAGGAGAGCAUAAUGACAAUGUCGUGGUUAUGCUGCAGGGAAAAUUGGCGGAUGUUGGAGCAAACUUUAAGGAAGUGCUCGAGGUUCGAACGAAGAAUAUCCAAGCGUCGCGUUCCCGCACAGAGAACUUUGUGUCGUCGGUAUCAUCGAAAUCACAGACAGCUUUGGAUACGCAACGGUCGGAUUCGCCACUAUACACCUCGGGAAGGAGGACGCCUCAGCCGGGUGGCUCCUCAGAUUUGCUGACCUUGGACCCCUCAAACCCGUCGCCUCUUGGACGCCCGACUGUGCACACCGACCAACAACUGCUGGUGAUGGAGGAAGCGCAAACAAACAAUUCGUAUAUCGAAGCACGUGGUGAAGCAAUUGAUGCGAUUGAACGUACAAUCAAUGAACUGGGCGGCAUCUUCGGCCAACUUGCGCAGAUGGUCAGCGAGCAGUCUGAGAUGAUUCAACGGAUAGAUGCAAACACUGAGGAUGUUGUGGAUAACGUCCAAGGCGCACAGCGCGAGCUUAUGAAAUACUGGACCCGAGUAUCUGGGAACAGAUGGCUGAUUGCUAAGAUGUUCGGAGUCUUAAUGAUUUUCUUCCUUCUCUGGGUAUUGAUAUCAGGAUAGAAAUACCCCUUCUUUCUUACUAAUGUACUAUAUUAAUACGGAACUUUUCCUUGCUGUGCAUGAAUGAGUUAUGCAUGCCCUAUUCGAACUCUACCGGCCUUCUUUU